AUGAAUACAUGGACGACGGCGAACGCGGCGUGCUCUCCGGAGGUGCCUCCUGUCUUCUACUCCGACGGCCACUACACGUAUGUCUGCGUUCAGGGGCCGAACGGCCCGGAAUACCUCCAGCGACGACAGGAAGCAACGCCUUUGCACACGCCGACCUCUGGAUUUUGCGAAGGGUUUGCGUUGCCCUCGGGUCAAACUGGAUCCCUUACGACGGGGACUUUGACCCCGCAAACUACAACAUGCUCUACGAGCUGCAUGAGUGACUUUGCGCUGUCGUCGGGGUCGGGUAGCGUCGAGGGAGCAGAACGCUCUGCUGCUGUCGCUCAGUCUAAUCCCGGCAAGAGGAGACUGGACAGCAACGGCGCAGCGUGCAGCGGUUCACGGGACUGUCAUACGGAGGAACAUGACACAUGCGAGAGAGCACUCAAGCAUAGCCGGUCGUUCGGACUGACCCAUGUGAUGUCCUUUUCGUCGGCAUAG